AUGAAUGAAGUUAGAGAGACUAACGUGAUUGAAAAGACUGACGAACUAACGAAACUGACAAGUGAAGAAUUUGACAAGACUGUCGAGGCUGAUGAGACAAUCUUAAUAACGAUAUUUAGGAGACUGAUAAGGCUAACGAUUACUAAUGAGACUGACGAGACUGAUAAGACUGAUGGGACUGAUGAAACUGAUGAGAAUGAUGAGACUGAUGAGACUGACGAUACUGAUGAGACUAAUGAGACUAACGAGACUGAUAAGACUGAUGUGACUGAUGAGACUGAUGAGACUGGUGAGACUGAUGAGACUGAUGAGACUGAUGAAACUGAUGAGACUGAUAGGACUGAUGAGGAUGAUGAGAAUGAUCAGCCUAAUGAGACUGAUAAGACUGAUGAAACUAAUGAGCCUGACGAGACUAAUCAGACUGAUGAAACUGAUGAGUCUGACUAG